AUGAGAACUCAGGAUGGGGUAGAGCUUAACUCGCCAGAAGAAAUUCAUAAUGGAGCUAUUGAGUAUUUUGCGGAUUUUCUUAAAAAUACUAACCAGUCACGAGUACUUCCGGAUUUAUCAGAUUUGAUUUCACCAGUUAUUAAUGUUGAGGAUUGUACAUGUCUUUGUCGUACCCCUUCAUUGGAUGAAGUAAAGGAGGCUCUUUCUUCGAUUCCUAUAAACAGUUCUCCUGGGUCAGAUGGUUUUGGAGCAGGGUGGUUUAAAUUGAAUACAGAUGGUAGUAGUUUAGGAAAUCCAAGACCUUCGGGGGUGGGUGGUAUUAUUAGAAAUAAUCAGGGUCACUUGGUUCAUGCUUUUAAUUCUUAUAUUGGUUUUGGUUCCAAUAAUAGAGUUGAAUUGUUAGCAUUGCUGCGGGGUCUUAAAGCUUGUAAAAAUCUAGGGAUUAUUUUUGUGGAAAUAGAAUUAGACUCUCAAGUGGUAAUCUCUUGGUGGAAUAGGCGAAGAUGUGGCAUAUGGUAUUUGGAAGAUUUCUGGGAGGAUACUCUUGCUCUUAUGGAUUCGAUGGUUUGCACAGUUAGGCAUGUUUAUAGGGAAGCUCUCGAUUCUGAUGAUCAGAAGCAUGCAUCAAGUACACAACAGCAACACAAGGCAGCACAACUGCGCAGUAAACAGAUGGACAAAUCGUAA